AUGGGCAGCAAAGAGAUGCAGGAAGAUGGGCUAACUGAACUUUAUGAGAUCCUUGACAUGGCGGCUGUGCCCAGAGUCGUACACCCGGGGGACAACCCUAGUCGCGUGGCGCCCGAGAAGCCGCCCCGGAAAGUUGAGUCCUCGCGGACCCCUGCCGGGCCCCAGGACCCCGGCUGUGGGACCCGCCCCGUGGCCAACUCUGGCGUCUCCUCUCCCACCUCCAUCCCAUCAGCCUCCCUUUUUAAUGGAAGGCUUUCCCCAUGGCCGACCAUGUUUCAAAUUUCAUAUCGUUGCCCCUUUUAUUUUCCCAGACCUGUUUUCACAUGUGGCGGUGUUCUUACCGGAGAGUCUGGAUUUAUUGGCAGUGAAGGUUUUCCUGGAGUGUACCCUCCCAAUAGCAAAUGUACUUGGAAAAUCACAGUUCCUGAAGGAAAAGUAGUCGUUCUUAAUUUCCGAUUCAUAGACCUUGAGAGCGACAACCUGUGCCGCUAUGACUUUGUGGAUGUGUACAAUGGCCACGCCAAUGGCCAGCGCAUCGGGCGCUUCUGUGGCACAUUCCGGCCUGGAGCCCUUGUGUCCAGUGGCAACAAGAUGAUGGUGCAGAUGAUUUCCGAUGCCAACACAGCUGGGAAUGGCUUCAUGGCCAUGUUCUCUGCUGCUGAACCCAAUGAAAGAGGGGAUCAAUAUUGUGGAGGACGUCUUGAAAGACCUUCCGGCUCUUUUAAAACCCCCAACUGGCCAGACCGGGAUUACCCUGCAGGUGUCACUUGUGUGUGGCAUAUUAUAGCCCCAAAGAAUCAGCUUAUAGAAUUAAAGUUCGAGAAGUUUGAUGUAGAGCGAGAUAACUACUGCCGAUAUGAUUUUGUGGCUGUGUUUAAUGGCGGGGAAGUCAACGAUGCUAAAAGAAUUGGAAAGUAUUGUGGCGAUAGCCCACCUGCGCCGAUUGUAUCAGAAAGAAAUGAACUUCUUAUUCAGUUUUUGUCGGACUUAAGUUUAACUGCAGAUGGAUUUAUUGGUCACUACAAAUUCAGGCCAAAAAAACUGCCUACAACUACCAUAGCACCUGUGACCACCACAUUUCCUGCCACUACAGGUUUAAAACCUACCGUGGCCCUGUGUCAGCAAAAGUGUAGACGGACGGGGACCCUGGAGAGCAAUUAUUGUUCAAGUAACUUUGUAUUAGCCGGCACUGUUAUCACAACUGUCACUCGAGGUGGGAGUCUGCACGCCACAGUCUCAAUCAUCAACAUCUACAAAGAGGGAAACCUGGCUAUUCAGCAGGCCGGCAAGAACAUGAGUGCCAAGCUCAUUGUGGUCUGCAAGCAGUGCCCACUCCUCAGAAGAGGUCUAAAUUACAUUAUUAUGGGCCAAGUGGGUGAAGAUGGGCGAGGCAAAAUCAUGCCAAACAGCUUUAUCAUGAUGUUCAAGGCCAAGAAUCAGAAGCUUCUGAAUGCUUUAAAAAACAAGCAAUGUUAACAGUGAACUGUAUCCAAUUUAAGCUGCAUUCUGCCAUUGCCUUUGAAAGAUCCAUUUUCUCUCAGUAGGAAAAAAAUGCUUAUAAAAUUAAAUAUUCUGAAAGAUUGGACUGGUUUACUCUUCACAUGAUGUUGGUAGGAGACCUUCAGUACAGCUGAUGGAAGUUCUGUGCCUCCACUAAGGAGCAGAUGUCUGACUGGAAACCUGCCAAUUUAGUCCGGGAUUAUUGUAGUGAUGGGAAACAAUGUGUCAAGUGUUGACAACUUGGAAGCAGUUUAUUUUAUACAUCUCUAUAAAAGGAUCUUUUAGAAUUGAGUUGUGUGAAGAUGUAAAAAAGAGAUUUUAUAAGUGCAAUAUUUAUAGUGAUAUUUGUUUUACCUUCAAGCAUUUGCUCUGAGGUGUUAUAGUCUUCUCUUGCAAUUUUUAAAUCAAUGCUUAAUAAAAUAUUUUUAAACAAUUACA